ACGUGUGCUCGACUUCCCCGCCUUUUCACGUAUCGUAGGAUGUUGCGUACAAAACACCCUGGAUGUUUUGACCAAAUGUAACGUUACUUUCUUUAUUCGCGAUUAAUUUAUUCUUACUUGAUUUUACAGAUAAUGUAACUUGUACUUGUUGCAGUAAUGUUGCUUCCGUCUGACAUAGCGCGGCUCGUUUUAGGAUACAUGCAACAAGAGGGACUGUGUUCUACAAGCCAGGCAUUCAUUCGUGAAAGCCCCAAUUUGAAGGAGUACGCAGAACACAGCUCAGAUGAUGCAACUAUUCCUGCUUGUGUUUUUUCCCUCUUUGGAAAAAACCUGACAACUAUUUUGAAUGAGUAUGUUGCUGUCAAAGCUAAAGAGACGAUUGAAGAGACUCAGAUACCUGUCAUGAUGACAUCAUUGUGGAAAAAGCUUGAUUUCACACUCAAUCAAAUCAAGUCGAUGCAGAACUCCCCAGCUAUUAUCCAGAAUCAAAGACUCCGCACACGUAAUGGGAUCGUGAACAUAAGGGGGCGACAGAGAGUCUUAUCAUCAACUCAGUCCCCCAGCUCUGGGUUUCUGUCAUCGUCGGCCCCCACGUCGACCCAGGGCAUCGCCACCCCAGUCUGCUACAGCUCCCAGCAGACCAGACCCUCCCCCAUCUGCAGCAUACAGCCCCAGAUCCAAGAUGGAGGACGUCUGCUCAUCAAUGUGAACCGGGAGUCACCGUUGCAAAUAACAGUUCCAGACAACCGGUUAACCCCAGGACCAUUAUCCCCAGGGCGUCGGAAAUGUGACUCCCCCAGGAGGAGAGGUGGGGGCUCCAGUGGAUCCAGUGGGACUGGAAGAGCCAACAUGGCGGCCAGUAGCCUGACAGCAGAGCCCCAGAGUGAAGAGGCAGUCACAGAGAAUUUCCCUCAAAUGUUGAUACAAAAUGCAAGAGAGAGGAUUCUAAAUGACAAGUCCUUACAAGAGAAGCUUGCUGAAAACAUCAACAAAAUUCUAGCUAGUGAUGUCAGUCCUCAGGCUUUAAAGGCAUCAUGCAGCACCAUGGAGCCUGACCAGUCAAUAGAUGAAAUUCUGGGCCUGCAGGGGGAGAUUCAUAUGUCUAAUGAUGUUAUACAAGACAUUUUGGAGCAGACAGAGUCCGACCCAGCCUUCCAGGCUCUCUUUGACCUCUUUGAUUACGGCAAAAGCAGAACCAGUGAGGAUACUGAACAAGGAGCUGGAAACGUGAGCAAUACCACCACAGAGAAUGGUGAGACUGAGACUAGAUGUAUUGACGGCUCUCCUGAGACUGAAGACCCAGGCACUGGGCCUGAAAACUCGACAUGUGGACAAGAAAAUAGAGUAACAAAGUCCAGUCAAGAGCCCAAGAGUAAGAAAACAAGGAAAUCUGCACCUCCGGUUUCAAGCACUUCAAAGGCAACUCCUGGACCCAGUAGCAGAGGGUUGAGAAGGGGAGCUAUCUCAACAACUCCUGGACCCAGUAGCAGAGGGUUGAGAAGGGGAGCUAGCUCAACAACUCCUGGACCCAGUAGCAGAGGGUUGAGAAAGGGAGCUAUCUCAACAACUCCUGGACCCAGUAGCAGAGGGUUGAGAAAGGGAGCUAUCUCAACAACUCCUGGACCCAGUAGCAGAGGGUUGAGAAAGGGAGCUAUCUCAACAACUCCUGGACCCAGUAGCAGAGGGUUGAGAAAGGGAGCUAGCUCAACAACUCCUGGACCCAGUAGCAGAGGGUUGAGAAAGGGAGCUAGCUCAACAACUCCUGGACCCAGUAGCAAAAGGGUGAGAAGGGGAGAUAUUGCAACUCGACCCUCAGCACGUAUUGAUCAACUUACCGCCGCUGCUUCUUCUGCCGCAAAGGACUCUGAUAGGGUUGACUCAGGCUCCAUCUUUAAUCCGGAUAUAUCAGGCGUGGAUAUAGAUGAACCUCUGAAUACUCCUCCUCUUGACAGUAUAGCUCCGCCAGAUGUCUUUGAGCCAGUCAGACAGGAGAGUGGAACAAAUCGUCCGGCUUCAGCAUGCAACACACCUUCAUCUGAAACCAGGAUGGUCUCUGCUGUGAAAAACAUAUUUAGCAAUGAGAACACAGUGGGGGCUGAUGGUAGACAAGUGAUGGAUAACCAAGCUUCACUUCUUAACUCUUCACCUUCCCUGUCCAAUUCCAUGCCAGUGCUGGAUCAGUCAAACAAGGCUCCCAUACAGGCCUCUAACCUGCCUCAUAGGAAUAUUGCCCCUCCCAGCAGUGUAGGAAUUUCACAACCUCUACCACAGACCAUACACUCUAUGGCUGUCCCCUCAACAGUUACAACAACUCCUGCUGCCGCAACCUUCAUCCCCAACCCUACAGGCAAGGAAGUAGACCCCAGUAAGAUUGUGGCCCUGAAGAUCAUAAUCAGCGAUGAGCAAGAGGAGCCCUCUAGUGACUCAGCCUUGAACCAGGCUGUGUCCAGCAUCACUGGGGAUAGGAUCCCCACCAUCUUCCUCUCCUCCCCCUCCAAGUCACCUGCUAAGGCCCCGGCCCUCAGUGGCGCCCCCAUGGCUCAGGAGGAGACUGUGCAGGCGGUGAGCAGCUUACAGAGGACAGAAGUCCUCCAGCCAGCAGAAACCAAUCCUCUUAGUGGGAAAGCAGGGGAUGUGGCAGCAUUGGCAGGGAUGUCAUCUGUGUUGACACAGCCUGGCUACUACAUUCAGCUGCCCUUUGAUUCAGCCACAUCCACCAACAGCUACAUCUUAGUGACAGACACAACAGCCACAGACCCCCAGUCCAACAAGGGGAUAUUACCCAGUGGCGCCCCACAGGUACAGAGUGUACCCCCUACCUCAUAUACUCUGGCCACUCCACCCCGCUAUUCCCCUGGAUCUAGACUCAUCAUAUCUUCACCAGUUCAGCCCAUGCUGCAAAGCAUGGUGGUUCCUGUAUCUGUUGUUGGGCAGAACAAUGCAACACAGUUCUCAAUAGUUCCUAAUCAGUUGAUAGCCAUGCCUAGCCCUGCUUCAGCAAAGCCGCCAGCAGCAGUGAAUACCAAGCCUGAACUGGCUCCCAAGGACACCACAGUCUCAGGAAAAACGGGAGCUUCUGGAUUGAAUAUGGUUACAAAGCAGGUCCACCCGCAAUCCUCUGAAAGCACAGGGCAGCAGAAGGUAGCAGUUGGCUCGAGCCCCAGCCAUAGGAGGAUGCUUCGCUUUGAUGGGUCUGCUGGUGAAACUUCCACCUCCAAAGCUCCAGCAACAGCUACUCCUGUAUCGCCUGUCCAACAGGUGGAGAAAGAGAUGCCUAAAUCCGCCUCUGCUAUCUUGGGGAGCAGCAGGCCAAAAAGGAGAAUAGAGACUGUAAGAUGUACAGACAACACUCAAACAUCAUGGGCCGGAACAGAGACGGAGAAAUCCUCCACUGUCCAAAAGCAGAAAGAACCUGUGAAAAAGACCCCUUCAAAGAGGGACGCAGAUCAAAAUGCUAGAGGUCAAAGUGCAAGUACCAGUAGAUCUCAGAGUGCUGGUAGCAGUAGGACUGAUGUCUCACAGUCAGAGUCCAGGAAGAGAUCUCAAUCAGCAGACAAGAAGGAUGAUGGUGGAGCAGGACCUAAGGAUGCCCAGAGCUCCAGGUCCUCUUCCUCUGAUCACAGACUGAGAUCAGGGAGCAGGAAAGAGAAAGACGCAUGUAGACAAGAGCCUACUGAGAAAUCUCCUGCCAAGGAGCGGGAGGGACGGACAGAGAAAAGGACAUCUUCUCAGGACCCCCCUCAUGUCACUGCCAAUAAGGAGAAUGAGCUGGAGGGGGGAAGGCGAGAGCAGCAGCCAACACCAGCACCAAGAGCAUUCAGCCCGGCCCCAGUGGGCUCACAAAUCUCUGUCCCCCUGGCUUGCUCCAGCAAAAUCCCCUCCAAGACCAGCCCACUGACCAAGCAGGCAGCUGAAAUGCUCCACGACAUCCAGGGUCUAAACCUUCCCUCCAGCCCUCCUAAGAGGCCAGGCAUAGGCUGUCUGGAGCUGCCUCUUCCUCGGACCCCUGGCCGUCUCCAGGAGUCUCUAUACUGCCCCAGGACCCCUGCACGUCAGAGGCUGGACAGAGACGGAGAGGGCACCCCCAGGCACCUGGUCCCUCCCACCACCCCGGACCUUCCCUCCUGCAGCCCAGCCAGCGAAGCAGGGAGUGAAAACAGCAUCAACAUGGCGGCCCACACACUGAUGAUCCUAUCCCGAGCCGCCAUUGCCAGGACAGGCACCCCACUGAAAGACAGCUUGCGCCAGGAGGGGGCUGGAACAGUGACCCCUGUAGCCUUCAAGAGCAAGAAGCGCAAGCAACCUGAGCCCCUGGCCAGCCCGCCAGCAAAUAAAGAUAUCUCAGGUUCAUCUGGCAGUAAGAAGAAAGCAAAGAAACAGCAGAAACUAAUGGAUUCCUUCCCCGAUGACUUGGAUGUCGAUAAGUUCCUGUCUUCACUGCAUUAUGAUGAGUGAUGGGUUGAGUUAUAGCAGUUUGACAAUGAGAUGAGAAUCUCCCAAACACUACCUACCUACUCUCCAGGAAUUGAACAAGCCAUAAUUUACUGUCACAGUGCCUAUGGUUAACCCAUAGGAGUUAGGCACCUGUGGUCUAGUGGAGCAUGUCCUCAGCUAUUAUUUUUUCUUCUAUGGUAUGUCUGCUUGUAGGGUUUGUCCUACAUCCUUUGACUUAACAACUAAUUAUAUUUGUGAUGUAUGUACUAUAUAGAAAUUAUUGCAGAAAUGCCAAAUUGAGAGCACUUUGGUUCCAUUCAAGGACUGUAAUGUUAAGAAUGGUUUCCCAAUCUUGUUGUAUUAAUAAUUUCAAGAAUUCGACCCUUUCCUUGGUCAAUAUUUCACUGUGUCUAAACUUUAAAUGAUCCACCCAACACACUAUGGCUGUGGUUAGACAGGCAGCACAAUUCUGAUCUUUAUUUCACUAAUUGGUAUUUUGACCAGAUCAGCUGUGAAAAGAUUGGUCAAAAGACCAAUUAGUGGAAAAAAUGUCAGAAUCGGGCUGUGUAAAAUAAAUUUGUGCAGAUGUUUUCUUUACUAGUGAUUUUAAAUUAAAUCUUGUUUUAGAAAAAUCGA